UAGUAACUUGGCUUAAUUUUUUUUUCAUAUCACCCUUAAAGAAGAUGGGACUUGGAGCCCAGUUAUAGACCACAGUUCCCAAAAGUCUAACAUUUUUGCUGUCCCGCCCAUGCGCCGAGCCCGAAUCGAGACGCGGGAGGCGAAAUCAAAGCUGUCAUGCUAGCGGAUGGGGUGGACGUUUGGAAGAUGGGUAGCUAGUGGCUUUACACCAUUUCAUUUGCUGUGCUUUUUUCCCGCAAAACUCGUUUGACCUCCAGCGUAACGUUACCUCGAGAUUGUGCACCUGUUCAACUCCAUGGCAACACGUACACAGCUCAGGCCAUGACAUCAAUCAUUGUGUGAGGAGGCAGCUGAAGUCAGCCUUUUUGGAAUCCAAGCUCCUACUGUGCACACCUCACCUGGCCAGUCGUGUGUCCUGAGAUUGGUCCUGUGGUCCUGAGCCAAAAUGGAUGCCACUCCCUUCAGCCGUGGACAGUGGGCAUCACAGUCGCUGCGCGUCACCGCCCGAGAGAUCUCGUUGGUCGGAGCCCGUGGGAAGAAGACCGCCAUCGCUGAGCGCUUCUCAAAGUACCAGAGGGCUGCAGAGGAGUCCAAUGCGGACAAGAAAAAGCCUCAGAUUGAGAGCCUGCCUUCCAAACCGCGCACAGGGAACCUGAGCGCACUGAAGAAGCGCUGGGAGCAGUCCCGCCAGCAGGAGGCGCCGUUGGACCCACCUACCGCCGCCGCGCCCCGCAUCCGCCUCGUCGCCACGGAGACGACACAGUCCAAACCCAGACCCCUAGCCCAGGCAGAACCCACCUCCUCUUCCUCCUCCUCCUCCUCCACUGCAGCACCCCAUCAGAGCAGCCUCAGGCGCUCCUUCUCCCUCAGAAACCCACCCCGGGCAGAGAAGAAGAAGGAGGAGAAGGAGGAGAAGGCCGCGGUGGCAGCAGCAGCCGGAGCAGCAGGUAGAGGAAGCGGAGAAGCGUCAGGAGGAAGCAGAGGAAUGGAGCAAGCCGUGGAGAGGCCGUUUGAGGAGGAGGAGGCGGUGCUGGAGGAGAGGAGCGGGGGAGGAGACGUGGGCUCCCCCCCCCUGAGCCCCCUGAGCCCCCUGGAGAAGCCCAGCGUCCCACUGGGCAGCCUGAAGAAGAUGUUUGAGAAGGGGGAGAGCAAGGGGCGAACCAGAACGUCCUCUUCCUCCGAGGACAUGGACAUACGUGUGGGAGACAGAGGUCUGUCUUCACUAGAGACCACUUCUCUGCGUGACAGGAUGGCCAAGUACCAGGCUGCAGUUUCUAAGGUCUCACCCACCCCUUCACGCACAAACAGCCAAUCAGAAGCAGAGAGCAUCAGUCCAAGCGCCGACCACAAGGAGAAUGUGCCUCCGGGCAGUGUGGGAGUUGGAGUGAGCAAGUUCUCUGAGAUGAAUGGCGCCAAAACUAAUGGGGUGCGAGCUGACACACCAAGCUCCAGUGGUGGAAGCCCAACCUCCGCAAACAACGACGCACCCAAGGCAGCCAAAAAGUUCCGCUUGCCUGUGAGGGAGACGUGUGUGUCGUGCCUGAAGACGGUGUACCCUCUGGAGAAGCUGGUGGCCAACCAGCAGAUCUUCCACAGCGCCUGCUUCCGCUGCACUCACUGCAACACCAAACUCAGCCUGGGCAACUACGCGUCUCUGCACGGAAAUGUCUACUGCAAGCCCCACUUCAGCCAGCUCUUCAAGUCCAAGGGCAACUACGACGAGGGCUUCGGCCACCGGCCCCACAAGGACCUGUGGACCCCACGGGAUGGCGAGGAGGAGGAGGAAGGAGAGGGCGAGGAAGGUGGCAGCAGCGGGGAACGUCCAAAAGAAAAGCGAUCAGUGGAGGUAUCCGCCAGACCAGUCCUGGCCACCAGCACCACCACCCCCACCUCCAACACCACGACUGACACCAGCCCUGUGGUGGAGGAGUCCCCCCUCGCCAAAGUCAUCGAGCUGACCGCCUCUCUGGAGACUCGAGCCCAGCGAGGGGGCUCCGUCGAGAGGUCCCCAACCAUUUCCCCAACCGCCUCCUCCGAGACCAAGAGGCUGAAGAUCGCCUGGCCCCCACCCUCCGAGGUCACCGGGGCGGGCCGGGGAUCAGGCGCGGCUGUGGAUGGGGAGAUGGCCGGAGUCAAGCCCUUCAGGUCCAAGUGGCCCCCGGGGGGAGAAGGGUCUCAGUCGGGGGCCAGCUCUGAGAUGGCGGAGCUCAAGGGCCUGAGGCGAAGCACCUCGCUGAAGGAGCGCUGUCGGCCGUUCUCGGUGGCGCCCGGCCUGAGCUCGACCAAUCAGAAAUCGGAGCCGCCGCAGCGACGCCCACUGCGACGCAGCCUGGAGAGGCGGAGCUCGCUGGAGGACCUGCGGUCGGUACGCGGCGACCGCUACGGCGAGCAGCGGAGGGACGAGCCUGAACACGAGGAGAGAGAGGAGGAGGAGGAGGAGAAGACGAGGAAAAACGAGGAAGAGAGCGAGAAGAAAGAGAAGACGACAUCAACAGCAAGACGUCUGCGUAAGAACUGUGAGGCCGUGAAUGGAAACCUCUCCGAUGAAGAGGAAGAGGGGCGUCCAUCAGCGAGACGCAAGGAAGAGGAGGAUGGGAAGAUGCAAACGCCCUCCACAGACGUGCUGAAGUCCCAAGAGGAAGAGGAAGAGGAGGAGGAGGAAGCGGAGGAGAUUGAGUCCCUGCCCAGCCGCCGCAGCGCGUCCCCAGACGUGUCCACCUCGCUGUCCCCCGGCACCAGCACCAAGCGCACGUCCCAGGACGUGGGCUUCUGGGACGGGGAGGAGGCCGAGGCCGAGGAGGAGCUCACCGUGGAGGAGAUGAUUAAGAGGAACCGCUGCUACGAAGAGGAAGAUGAGGAGGAGGAGGAGGAGCUUGUCUGAGCUGAGCAGAGACUUACACCAUCUCUCUCUCUCUCUCUCUCUUUCAUGAUCUCUGUCAAGCACGCUCUCUCUCUCCCUCUUUCUCUCUCUCUCUUCCCCCCCCCUUUUUUCUGUUUUUCAAAUGUCAAUUCUUUGAGGGGGGAAAAGAAAAAUGACAUAAAAAAUAAGUAUCAGCAGUAUCUCACACAGUACCAAUACAUUCACCUGUAAUGCGAUUUUGGUUUGUUUGUUUGUUUUUUGCUUGUUUGUUUGAUUGGUUGGUUUCGAACAUGCUGAGACAACUCAAACAGUUGUCCUUCUCCUCCUUUUUUUUUACCUUUGUCCUGUCUCAGGAGUAAUGUGUAGCCUUUUUGACAUGUCUGUGCCUGUUCUCUGAAACCACAAAAACUGGUCCCAGAUCAGGAGAUUCGGGGGUGAAACUCUACAUUGUAACAUCUACACUAUCAACACUAAAUCAUCUCUGGGUAUGAUCCACGUUAAGGGGAUAGUUGAUGGAGAACAAGACAAAAAUAGUUUUGUUACAUGUUUGGGUAUAUUUUUCUAUGUUUCAGGCUAAAUAAAAUCCGAACAGACAGACAUUACUGGAUAGCCAUUAUGUUAUUGCACAUAAUUAAAUUGCACAAAAGGGACGUCAUCUUACAAUGAACUGGACCUACAGAAGUCUUUGAACUCGUCAUGAAUGUCACCAAGAUGUUCUAUAAAAGAAUGAUGGAGGUGAGCAAGAUGGAAGCGUAUCAUGUCUCUAUCCCUUCGCCUCUAGAAACCCAGAAGAGUAAAGUGGGCAGGAGGAAGGCCGUAGUUGAAGACGACGUGUUUGAAGUGGAAGUGAAAUGCUGUCUUGUCUCUUCUGUGUGUCUUGGCUCAGGACACCAAUCCGCUCCGCAGUUUAUUACAGUGAUCCGAAAAUGGACAAGAUGCAAGGACAACGUAUUCCAGUUUCAAACAAACACCUUCUAGUUGACAGAUUCUAUUGCGUACUUGGACCGGAGGUCGAGCAGGGAGAUUUCUGACAGCCUUGAGCAAAAAGCCACUAACUGCGGUGAAAGUAGAUACUCAUAACUCUUGGCUCGGGUUGUUUGGAAUACCAGUUCUGUACGUGCAUCAACACCUCCGGCAGGACAUCAUGUGAUGGACUUGAUCAGAUUACUUCUCCUCGAGUGGAACUGGAAAAACGAGAGAAACUGGCUCCAGCCCGCCUUCCUGUUGAGAGGUGACGGUGAACCCACAAAAGAAAAAUGAUUUGUUAAUCUGGUUGGGACUGGGAGUGUGUUGUGCUGCAAGUGGUGUGUUGCCAGUUCUGUCACCCCUCUUGGAUCGGAGGGAUGGUGUGAGGGUCCAGCCCACUCAUAGAAUGGACUGUGAGGUCAGUCGGUCGGUCAGGUAGUACUGCUUCUGCUACCACUCAAACCACUUCAGAAGAAUUAACAGCAUCCCUCACCAUGUCACAUGACUUAUGGAAGCCCUAUGCAAAAAGGCUCGGCAGAUGCAGUGUAAAGUGCAUGAUCCGGCAACCACUAUGCUAAUUCCUGAUCAUCUCCAUGCACACAAAGCUUCAGGGUGAUUUUAGGGGUGAUUUUAGAGUAGUUGGCUUUUUAAAUGAUUAAUUAUGUGGAGCGUUUUAAUAUCGGAUAUAUUACUGGAAGCAGAUUGAUGAAACUGGUGUGAUUGUGUGUGCGUGCGCGUGUGUCUCUUUUUUCUUUUCUUUUUCUCCUUAUAGUCUUACAUGCUGCCCAUUAAACAAAAAAGAAUUGGAAAGAGACACUUUUGUAAUGGACUUCAGCAAAUUAUCUGAUUUUUACCCUUUUAUGAGAAAACGUUUUGUAUAGUUCUUUUUUUCUUUGAGAGGACCAAAAAGACUUUGUAUGUUUUUUUGGAAUUUUAAAUGUUUAAGGUGACCAAAGUGUAACGUUAUUUCAGAAAUUUAAUAAAUGGCCUUUCAUUGAUACCGUA